AUUCUUUAGCCAUGUCCGGGGACGAAUCCCUCCCAUCUAGGGACCCUUUGCCCGUCCUGAUCUUGACAGAUAAUCCUUAUUUCAACAAGAUCGGCUUGGUACUCUACGACUACUUCACCCACUUCAAGACCACUGUUAAUAACGAAUUUAAACAGUACGAAAUAUGGCAGGUGAUGCUGAUUACUGUCGCUUUAACCCUUAUGUCUGAAGCAAUCCUUAACUUCCUUAUUCAAGAAGAACCCCUCUUAUCACGCCUCAAAAAGGGUCUGUUCAAGGCCGCUAGGGCGUCUCCUAUAAUUGGAACUAUUAUUAAAGAGAAAGUGGAUAAAACCAAGGCGGAAAUGGCAAAUGAUGGGCCUUGGGUUCUUCCAGAAGGACACACUUACCUUACAAGGUUACCAGAAAAAGGCUUGUCUGACAAAGACCUUAUGGUUGUGAUUGACAAGUACAACUCCCUGAACGAUGUGGAGUGGCAGAAAGGCAGGUGCUCUGGGACUAUAUACUGCGCUGAGGAGGACAAAAACGAGAUGCUCAGUGAGGUUUACAAGAAGUACUGCUGGUCAAAUCCGCUCCAUGUUGACUGUUUUAAGGAUGUACGUAAGAUGGAGGCGGAAGUGGUAACAAUGGUGGGGAAAAUGUUCCACCACCCUGGACAAGCGAGUGGUAGUGUCACAAGUGGUGGAACCGAGUCUAUUCUCAUGUCAAUGAAGACGCACAGAGAUUGGGCUCGAGAAGUCAAGGGUAUAGACAAACCAAACAUCGUUGUUGCCAACAGCGGUCACCCUGCAUUCGAUAAAGCGGCCGCUUACUUCAAAAUCCAUAUCAUUGCUGUACCGGUGGAUCCCGUGACGUUUGCAGUGAACCCACGUGACGUAGCAGCGGCUAUAAAUAGUAACACAAUCUGUAUCGUGGGGAGUGUGCCUCAGUACCCCCACGGGAUCAUGGACGACAUUGUGGCUCUCGGUGACAUCGCUGUCAGGCAUGACGUAGGACUACACGUGGACGCGUGUCUUGGAGGAUUCCUUAUUCCCUUUAUGGAGGACGCUGGCUUCCCUCUCCCUCUCUUCGAUUUUAGAGUUCCUGGUGUAACUGCUAUCUCUAUAGAUACUCAUAAAUAUGGAUAUACUUACAAAGGGUCAUCUGUUGUUUUAUAUAGGAAUGUGGAGUUGUUCUACCACCAAAUCACGUGUACAACUGAGUGGCCGGGUGGUAUCUACGCUUCCCCCACUAUGGCGGGCAGUCGCCCUGGGGCUAACAUAGCCGUCACGUGGGCUGCUAUGAUGAGCUUUGGGAGGGAUGGUUACGUUUCGGCAACCCGGGAGGUUAUCCGAGGAGCACGGUACCUUAUAGCUGGGCUGGAGAAGAUUGAGGGUGUGGAGGUGAUGGGAAAUCCCGUUGUGUCCUGUGUCGGCUGGACUAGCAAAGUGUUUAAUAUCUACAAUAUGUCAUCUGAUCUCACUAAAAAGGGCUGGAAUUUGGCUGUUCUACAGUUUCCAGCAGGUAUCCACAUAGCCCUGACAAGAAGGCACAUGUCGCCCGGAGUGAUAGACGAGCUACUCUCGGAUAUCAGAGAGAGUGCAGCGGUACAGAUGCUGAACCCAGGAGCUGCUGCUAGUGGGGCGGCUGCUAUGUACGGAAUGGCCGCUCAAAUUCCUGACAGGUCUAUAGUAGGGGAUAUCUCCAGGGAGUUCUGGAAGCUGUACUACAGUACAGGACAAACGGAGCUGGAGAAUGGUGAUCUAAAAUAGGAGAAUUAUAACUCCUAUCAUACUCAUCUCAGUUUUAAAAGAGCCUUGAAUUAAUUCCAGUGAUCAACUGUAAAAAAAAGCUGUCUUUUGAUUAAUGUAAUAUCCUUUUAUUUUCGACCUUAAUUGUUUUAAUUUCACACAAUCUCACGGUCGCAUGAUUUAAAAGUUUAUAUGUCUAGUUAAACUAAUAUUUAUGAAUUGAUUUUUACCUGUAUACAUAAAGUUAAUAGCUUAAAUGAAACAUACUUUUUUCGUGAUGUCCAUAUUGAUUGAUUGAAGCGAACAGUUUCUUCUUUCUACCGUUUACUUAUGUGUAACUGCUUUUUACGCGACCUUCAAUUUUGAUACUGUAUUAACUUAUAUAUGUUCCAGAAGAUUAGUUGAUGGUGUCAAUGUUAGUUUUAGUAACGUGUAUGACCCCGUUAAACUGAAUAGAAUGUAGAAUGGAGCAGCCCUUCCCCCCAAAUUACCUACAUAUAAACCCCACAUGACAUGGGUCAAGACUGAAAUCGAGAAAACUCCUUUUUAAAAUGUUCACUGGAAUAUUCGAAGCGAGUUGACCAAUGAUUUAACAGUUUCAUUUGGAUCAUAUUUCGAUACCAUAUUAAUGUUGCUCCUCGUUUUGGGUUUGAGGCGGAGGGCUGCUGCGGUAGAUAGCAAGUUAUAUUCAGACUGUGUUUUUCAUAUUCCAUUAAAUCGUGCCCGUAA